AUGUGCCUGCGGAGAGUUCCAGACUACAUCCGAGCAGAAGAAGACUGGCGCAAAAGUAUCGACGAAGACGACGACACAGACGUCUCUGCUGAGGUGUAUGAAGAAUUGGAGAAUCUUGGCUCGGUACAUGGACAUGGAUGGUCAGGUCUACGCGAAGUAGUGAUUGCACACGGUGUGAGUCUUGUCCAUGAAAUUAUCAAAGACAAGCUUGUGGCGACAGAGACCAGGGCAGAACUUGCAAGAAUACCUGCCAAACACGGUCUCCAUAAGGUGUCGGAAGACCUCCUUCUUGCUUAUGUUCGAUCCCUGCCGCUCAAACGCCCUCUCGGUGUGGAUUCUCGUCUGUUCAACGGAUGUCUAUCGAGCUUGACGGCCAUGCAGCCAGCCAGUGCCGACAAUGAGACGUUCGUCCGCCUCCUUGAUGCAUUGUUUUCUUCAGGACGUCUGAAAUUGUCGUGGUUGGCGACUCGAGACAUGGUCGCUCUGUUGAGUGGCAUGAUCAGAGCGCUGGGGUCGCAAUCUGGAGACAACGAUCAAAUCUUGCAGUUCCUCCAAGGCCGCAUUUCUCAAGUAUCAGAGGCAGAGUUGGUACAAGACCAUGCAACCCGACAAGGAUCAGAGGGCAAACUGGAUACCUGGUUGAAAUUGGAAAAGUCGCUCAGCAAUACAAUGAUCAGCAUCAUUACUGUCCUCACGGCAAUCGUCUUGAUAGGGCGCAACGCACAAGAUUGCAACGACGGCUCAAAGAGAUGCACUGCUGCCGAAUCUCUCCUCACGCGUCUUUCAGUAAUUGUACUUACGAACCUGGAAGCCUGUCGAUCCGGAUCCAGUGCGAGGGGCUCAGUCCAUCAGCAACGGACAAUCUGUUUCACCCUUCUUGCAAGCAGCCUCAUUUUGAGUGCCAAACAUGACAAGAACAGCAAAGCAGAGACAUUACUCGGGCAAGAGGAAAUCUUGCGAGGAAUGAUUGUCGUACAUAGAAGCAAUAGCUCAGACCGCACACAAUCGAUGGUUGAGCGUGCUGCUUCAUUUCUGGUCGACCUGUCUCGAUGCUGCGGACAGAGCCUACACUCGGACGGUCAAUCUUAUCUGGAAAGCCUCGUUCAGUCGAUUAUGGAAGACGGUCAACACGAAUCAGACAAGACGACAUCAUUCUUAAAACAAUGGGCAUUGGAGAGUUCCUUGCUCUCUGUCAAAAUCUCUGCCACACAAAGAAGCCGGCGCUUCUUAGAGGACGUCGAGGCUGCCAUGUCACAACGCGUACCCUUGAGUACCCACAGCAUAGCCAGCGCCCCGCGUCAUAUCAGUGGUGUCAUUGCAGGACAGGGACUCAGGUGGGAAGAAGGUCUGUGCGAAUGGAUUGUUGCAUCGCCAGUACGCACGAGAAAGGCCGAACGGGUCACUGUCACGGCAAAUAGGGGUCGAUCAGGAUCUAUUUCUGACCAAGACAACGAUCUAGACGACAGCGGUUAUCUCAGUGACACAAAGGAAACACCAGAUCUCAAACAUAAGGUGGUCAACAUCUCGAAUAUGCUGGCUUCACCGGAUGUGCUAGGUUUCGAUAUAGAGACCCCAUCUUGCUCGAAAGCCAUCUUCCAAGCACACGAGGGUACAACACUAUCAGAUGGCACACCUUUGAUCAAAAAGUUACCAUGGCCUCCAUCUUCUCCGCUCAAAGCUUCAAAUACAGCCCAGACUGUUGCCGAACCUCCAGAAACUCAUUCUGGUUCGCUUGGAAACAGAUUUGACGUAGCGGAAAGACCAGCAAAGAAGAGGAAACGUCAGGCAGUGGAAGAACGGAAACCAAUUGUUCCUUCACCGGCCUCAGAAGCAGCUCGACGACCAUCACCAUCUUCGGAUAAUGACUGCAUCAAGCAGGGAGGAACCGAUUCGUCUGAGAGCGAGAUGGACGAACUGGCCAUGAGUUGCUCAAAGCCGAGUAAAAAAAAUANNUUUGUUGGCAGGAAAGCGGUGCCACCAAAAUCUCUCAGCAAGACCUCAGUUCCAAUCAAAAGAGCCAGCGAUCACUUUGUAGAUGAUAGCGAUGAUGAGCUGGGCUUUUAA